AUGCGAUCCCUGACUAAACCAAAAGAGGUGCAAAGGUUGACAGGAUGCGUCGCCGCCUUAAACAGAUUUAUAUCGAAAGCAACAGACAAGUGCGUCCCCUUCUUCGAUGCUUUGAAAGGGAGUAGGCGUUUCGAGUGGACACCACAAUGUAAAGAGGCCUUCCAGAAAUUGAAGGAGCAUUUGGGCAAGCCCCCAAUCCUGUCAAAGCCCAACCCCAACGAGGAGCUUAGCCUAUACCUCUCCGUGUCCCAACACACCGUAAGCUCCGUACUAAUAAGGGAAGAAGAAAGGCUUCAAGGAAGCUUCGGCACUAUUUCUAAUCUCACACAAUACGGGGUUCUCACAAACCAUCCGUUGAGACAAGCACUACGAAAGCCUGAAACUUUUGGUCAACUUCUCAAAUGGUCGGUAGAGUUAACCCAGUUCGACAUUAAGUAUGCACCAAGAACAGCGAUCAAGGGCCAAGCGUUGGCCGAUUUUCUGGCCGAGUUCUCCCAUAGACCGGCUCCCACCACGCCAGAAGAAGUUGAAAAUAUAGAAUGGAAGCUCUACGUGGAUGGAGCGUCGAGCGAUAACGGGUCAGGAGCCGGCAUCCUGUUGAUUAGCCCAGAAGGCCACAAGAUAACCUCAGCGGUUCGAUUUAAAUUCAAAGCAUCGAACAACGAGGCAGAAUACGAGGCGCUAAUUACGAGGUUGCGAUUGGCCAGUCACUUAAAGAUUAAGAGGCUCAGCAUCUUCAGCGACUCUCAGUUGGUCGUCGGGCAAGUGAAAGAAGAAUACCAAGCACACGGUGAGAAAAUGGGUGCAUACUUGAGAAAGGUGAAGGAAGAACUCAUCAAGUUCAAAAACUACGAGAUACUUCAAAUACCACGAGCCAAAAAUGCAAACGCCGACGCUCUAUCAAAGCUAGCAUCUUCAAAAGAUUCCGACGCACUAGGGGUCGUUCCCAUCGAAGAACUGGAGCGGCCUACCAUUGAGGAAGUAGCUAAGGCACUAAUCGUCCAAACAGGUGAAAAUUGGAUGACGCCACUCAUCCAAUACCUAAUGGAUGCACAACUACCGAACAAUAGAGACGAAGCCAGAUGGAUCAGGUAUAGAGCUGCCAGAUACUUAUUGUACGACGGUUUGCUUUACCGACGAGGCUAUUCGACACCUCUACAGCGAUGCCUGGAUGAUGACGAAGCCCAGAAGUGCCAAAGGUUCGGGGUUCCCCACUCAAUAGUAUCCGACAAUGGGAAACAAUUCGACGAGGCCUCAACACGCAGAUUCUGCGACAGCCUGGGCAUUCGAAAAAACUUCUCGGUGCCGAUCCAUCCACAAUCUAAUGGGCAAGUCGAGGCAAUCAACAAAAUAUUGAAAUAUACCCUAAAAAAGAGACUCAACGAUCUAAAAGGGAAAUGGGCCGAAGAAUUCCCCAAGGUCUUAUGGGCGUACCGAAUGAUGAGCCGAACUACCACGGGUGAAACACCUUUCUCCGUGGCAUAUGGCGUUGAGGCAGUACUCCCUGUAGAAAUUGAAACGCCGACCCUAAGAACCGUCAUCCACAACGACGACGAUAACACAGAAGGCAUGAAUGGAGAACUCGACUUGUUAGAAGAAAAAAUGCUCGACUCUCAACUAUGUUUCGCCACCUAUCAGCAAAGAGCAGCACGAUAUUACAACAAGAGAGUUUGA